GUUUAGUUCGGCAGUAUCGGUAAGCGGCAAACGUAAGCUAAACGAGUGCAAUGCAGUCUAUCAAAUGUAACGUCGGUCGUACUGAACUGCAAAUAUUUUUAUUGUUAUGACGAAAAUAAUUAACUAAAACAACAUGUAUCAUAAACCGAGAAUGUGUAGGACUUGUUUGCAAAUGUCUAGAGGUGAUUUUAAGUUUGUGAAUCUUGACUGUGUGGAUCCACUUUGGGAGUCCAAUUCACCUAACCUUAAAGACCAACUAAUAUACGUUAUUCCUGAAAUGAAACUGGACACAACAGAAGCGUACAUAUGUACAUCAUGUUUUAUCGCUCUCCGGACUGCUUACGAAUUCAAGAGGAUGUGUCAAGUCACGGAGCAAAAAUUUCAAAGUUACAAUUACAAAUAUCGGCGACCUUUUGGAGUUGGUCCAGGCAGUCCACAAUUUCAUGUAUCACUUAGUGAAAAUGGAUCGACUACUCCUAAUUUUCGUUGUCAAAAUUUGAAUUAUCUCCAAUCGGACACCAGCAUUGAUAUUACCGAACAUCAUCUGUAUGACGCCUCGAAGGUUCUACCACGUAAGCAACUGGCGUAUUUAAAUAAUGUAACGCAAAAACUUCCUGAAAUUGAUGUGGAAGUAGUUGUGAAUCAAACAAACAGUGAGAAACAAACAAAUGCUGAAAAGAAGACGAGUUUAGAAAGACAAACAAGUGUGGAGAAACAGACCACCAAGGAUUCCACAGACAGUAAAACAAACAGCGAAUCCAAAGACAAGAUACUUGCAUCAGAUAAGAAAGACGACAAAGCUGGCUUGAAAGAGGGAGCUGUGGUGAAAAGUGAAAAAAAGGAUACAAUAAUUGAAAAACAAGAAGAAAAUAUUGCAAUCAAAGAUAUCCCAAAAGAGGAAAAGUUGAAUUCUAAACAAGAGAAGAAUGAGAGUGCUCUUCCCCAAGACAUAAAACUUGAUCCAAAAUCGGGAAAUAUUACUUUUCCAAACUUACCAGGAAUCGAAAUUGUUCCAAGAAAACUGGAUUCGACGGCAAUUAGAAAAAAAUAUAAUAUUGGAAGCCAAAUAUCAAUUUUAAAAACCCCUAAAUACGUUUCGGCCAUAGAGACAGUUGUUAAAAGAGCUUGCGAAGAAAUAAGCUAUCUUAAAACGAACAAUAUUCUCCCAGAGGCACUAAAUUGUUCGGUCCAUUUGGAAUAUUUAUCUUCGGCUGUUACAAUGAACAAUACUUCAGACAAACAAACAAUUUAUGAAAUGAAAGCCAUAGCCAAUUUAUAUUAUUCUGAGUCUGCUAAUGAGAUAUUAACUUGCAAAUCCUGUGACAAAUUUUUCUCCACCACUUAUUGGUUGAAAGUGCACGAGGAGGAGCAUGAAAAUGAUGUCGAUAAACAGUUUAUGUGUGAUAGAUGUCCCGCCACUUUUAUAGACGAUGAGAGUUUGCAAGAUCAUAUUAAACAACAUUACGCCGAAAAGGAAGCUGUAAACUCAGUCCAGUCUGAAACAUCAACUGAUACAAUCAGUAAAAUAGCAGUUCCUUUGUUAGGCAAUGAUCAAAUUUCUUUGACGCCAAUUCCAAAAGAGAAGAGGAUAGUUAAAGGAAAUGUCGACCAAACUGAAAAGAAUGAACUGUCACAUUCUGCUAAAGUAGAUACUUUUGAAGUUGAGAGCUGUGGGAAAAUUGAAUUAAGUAACGCUAAAGAGAACAACCAAGUGGAUUCGCCUUCACCAUUACCUAGUCCGGACCGUAGUUCUCCAUUUGAUGAGAAAGAAGAACUUCCUGUUGAAGAGGAGAAGAAGAUUAAAGCUGAACUCGAACAACUGUCUACCAGCAUUAGCAAAUCUGAAAGCGAAGACUUAGAAACGUCGUUAGCUAAGAUAAAACGAAGAAAUAGAGUGAAACUGCUGAAACGUCAGUUCAAAUCUCUAUUCAAGAAGAAAAUAUGUCACUUAAACUAUUUUCGAUGUUUUAUUUGUCUCAAACUGUUCAAAACAAAGUUUGUUUUAAAUCAACAUUGCAAAUAUGUUCACAUUCCUAACACUUUAGAUUCAAACUAUUGGUCAAAUGUUAUAAAGGCUCAAAAGGCUAGUAGAAGUACCUCUGAAGAUGUUAAGGAAGAAGUGGACAAUGUUACUAAUGAUAACAGUCAAGUUGUUAUACCGGAAACAAAUCUCACACAUGUCCGUACUGCCAAAAGCAAUUUGAAGGUUACAUAUGCUUGUAAUAUUUGUGAUAAACGUGUUGCAGAAAAACGAUUUCUGGAAUUGCAUAUGUACGUGCAUACUCCCACUUUCGUAUGCAUGGAUCCAAAUAUAGCUUAUAACAAACACGGUGACGUCUUUAAAUGUUACUUGUGUGAAAAGGCCUUCCCCAAAGAAAGAUAUUUGAAGCUGCAUAAUCUACAGGUUCAUCUAUCAAAAACAAUAAUCUGUAAAAUUUGCAACCGCGAGUUUAAAAGCGAUUUUUGGUAUAGUCAACAUAAGUGCGUAAUACCAACUGAAGCACCUGAACCGGAGCCGCCUGUUGAAGAUGAAAACAACCAAUUUCCAUGUACUGUUUGUAACAGAAAGUUUGCUCGCUUAAGGUUUAUGAAAUCCCAUCGCCACCGGAUGCAUAAAGAUGUAAAUGAAGAUGGAACUCCAAAAACAAAACGAGAAAUAUCUGCAAAAGCUAGUAACGUCUAUGGUGAUUCAGAUGAUAACGAAGAUUCGAACUAUGAAAGUGAAAACGAAUUUGACACCACCGAAACUGAAACGAAAGAAUCUGAUAAAUCGCUUCAAGGUGGAAGUUCUGUCGGUUUAGGUGAUCGUACAUUGAAUCUCAACGAGUUGGGCUCGCGAAGAAGUUUGUCACGAGGAGUUCCCAAAAUACAAUGCGACUUUUGUGGUGAUUACAUAGAAGAGACGGUGUAUGAUAAGCAUAUCUUUGAACACAAUAAAUUACGUCUCGAUAGAAGCCUGUCGAAAAGAAAAUCUCUCGACUCUAGUUUUAUCAGUACCCCUGAAAAGAAGCAGGAAUUUAUGAAAUGCCCUGUCUGUUCGAAACCUUUCAAGAGAAAAUAUAAUCUAAAUGUUCACAUAUCAAAAUAUCACGAAGGAGUAGAAACCUUGGAUGUUUCUGAAUUGAACGAAACUGUAGAAGAUGAGGAAAAGUAUCUAAGCGACAGCGAAAAUAGUCAAAAGGAACCUCCGGAAAUUGUAUACGGUCAGAUUUCUUUAAUAGACGGUAUUGAGAUAUACGAAUGUUGCGAACGCACCUUUAGAUUAAAAGCGCAUUUCUAUCGUCAUUUUAAAAUUAAACACCCUAAUUGUACCUUUAAACCUAUUUAUAUUGACCAAAACCCCCUAAUAGACACUAAAAGCAUUCUUGAACCAAUAAUAACUAUCGACGAAGGAACUGACAAAGAACUGAAUGACAAAUGUAUUAACCUAUCGGAAGCGGCAGAACAAAACUUGCAUAUCACAGAGGAAGAUCAUCUAUUCAAAGAUGAUUGUACAAAUGACCUCGCGCAAAAGGAGAUGCGCAAAAGAGGUCGCCGUAGGAAGAUAAAUGCGCUAGCUGAGAACAUUGCAGAUGAUGAAGAAACUGGUAACAUAAAUGAGUUUAUGCCAAUAGGUGAAGAGAGACCGUCUAAACGACAAAGGGUACAGCAAAUUAUAGCCGAUGACAAAUCUGUCAGAACUGCUACCUCGGAUGAAAGUGAAGAUAUGGAAGCAACAGCACAUCAUCUUCGACAGCUAGACUUGCUACCAGUUGUAAGUAAAAACGCGUUUGGCAGAUAUGAGUGUCAUAUUUGUGAAAGGCGGUUUAAACAAAAAUGCCAAUUAAGAGAUCACUUCAAUGUCCACACUGGCGAUAAACCGUACAAAUGUGACUUUUGUAAUCCGGUUCGUGGUUUCACUCAAACCUCUUCCUUAUAUGUACACAUCAGGAGGGUUCAUGCAGUUGUAAUGAAGAACUGUAUAUGGGAGGUAUACUCAAAGAAUGGAUCUUGUAUAAUAUGUUCAGAAAUAUUCGACAAGCAUUCACACAUGUUCCAGCACUUGAAAGAUCAUUACUUAAAAAAAGAGUUUGAGUGUCAAGAAUGCCAUAAAAACUUCCACAUGAGUUGUCAUUAUAAAGUGCACAACAUUAAUCCCGAAGAUAUGCAGCAUCUUUUGGCAGACAACAGCUCAGAAUUGGAAGAGGACGAGGAAUCCGAACUCGAACAGGAUUCGACCGUAGAAACACUAAUGCUUCCAAUAAUUGAUGACGAAAAAGUAGAAUCCGAUUCAGAUUCUUCCAGUUUUGUGGUAGGUGGAUGUGAUGAAACUAAACCGUCAAAAUGCACCAAGUGCAGUAAAGCCUUCCCCAAUAAAGAACAGUUGAGAUUUCACAAGAAAAGCUUAGCACAUAUACAGCAAAUUGAAGCGAUACGAAGUAAAGUAAGUGAAAACUCAACUGAUGAAAUGGAAGAGGAUUCUUUAAAGACUGAUAGUGAAGCGAUGGCAGAUAUCGAAAAUGGAGUAAAGGCAAUCAUUAAGAAGAUUCGUACUUUCAAAAAACAUCGUUGUAAUCUCUGUGGUGCUUCAUUUGGCAAAAGGAUUCACCUUAAAAAGCAUAAAAGGAAACACAAAAUGCGAAGAGCUUAUAUGAAAGUGCACGAAGAUAGUAUCACUACGGACGUAGAUGAAAAUCCGAGCAAUAUUGAAAUGCAAGACACUUCUAGUAACACAAAUACACUGGAUUCCAAUGAAACUGAAAAAGUUCUCGAGAUUACACCUUCUAGUUCAAAUCCAAUUGAAAUGCAGGUACCAGCAGACACUGAAAUAAUUUCAAUAACUACUACAAAAUCCCUCGAAACAACUGCAGCAUCACAUCCACGUUGUGCCGGCGACGUUGAUGAUUUACCGCAAUUAUCAGAUAAGAAGCAAGAUGGUGAGUCUGCAACUGAUGAAUUUGGUUCGUUUGAUGUCAUUCUCAAAAUUGCAGAAAGCACCUCCGAGUUAAAUAAACAAUUUUUAUUUAAGCACACAAGUACUACUAACAAAGGUAUUAAUUUUGAUGUACCCAAUUCUACACUUAAUUUACAUGAAGAUUUAUCUUCACGAAAUACUAUUAUUGAGUUACCUGACAGUACUAUCACCUACAUAAAUCCUAACCAAAGUGAUAUUAGUUUGCUAACAACCGAUCAUCCUUUGACAGAGGAAUGUAAAGACGACAUGUCCGACUUGGAUAUUACCAUUGAAGUUUCAAAAUGUACUGAACUGCCACUUGGCCUAGACAACAAAGAACUGAAAAAGUCUUGCAGUCUUAAUAUUGACGAUUUAUUAGAAGAUGAACUUUCCUCAACUAACAUUGAUAAUAAGAACUUUUACUCAAGUUUAACUAACGAUUUAGUAAUAUUACCCAUUUCCGAAAAUGUUCUCGCUAAUACAAGCAAACCGAUGGAAUUAAGUAGUCCCCUGAACGAUCUUAGUUUUCAUAUUGUUGAAUCCCCGACAGAAGAGACGCGAAGUGCUCUAACACUCUUUGAUUUAAAAACUUCAGACAGUGUACCCAAAGAACAGUGCAACCUACAAACUUCUAUCUCGCAAUUAGAAAUACACGAAGUUGAUAGUACCUUUAUUAUACAACCCCCUGCAAGUACAGUAUCUGAUAAAUGUUUUGACUUAGGUGAAUAAUUAAUGAUCUGCAGUUAAUUAAACUAAGAAUAGUUAGUAGAAUGUUAUAAUUCCGAUAUAAGUAUGGUUUCGGAAUGGCGCCAUUUUUGCAAAAGAAAACUGUAAAAUUUUUAAUAUAAAUAAUCUUAAUAUUCUAAGGUAGCAAAUAAUAGUAUUGUCUUUAGGUAGAUGUGCAAUUAAUAUUAGUACUGAUCACAAGUUUGCUUUCAAAAGCUUUUACUGAUAUAAUUUGGUACCUACCUGUAUUUUACUACGAUUAGUACUUUUAUUAAGUAAUAUUAAUUGGAAUCACUGUCACAGUUGUAAUUAUUAGGUAUAAAACGCAAAGAUCUAUUUAUCGUGAUGUUAUAUUUUUCGUUUUAUACUCUAUGCUAAGUUGGUGUGGUGUCUAGUUGUAAAUGACAUCAAUUCUGUGGAAUGCAUUAAAUAUAUUUCACUGAUUUUGUAUUGAUUAUUAUUAUUAUUACCAUUUGCGUUAUAGUAAAUGUUGCAAAGCAG